UUUUGUAAAGUGUUUAUUGAGUGUAAACAAUUAAAGAUAGGAUUAUCUGUGAUCGUCACUAGCUUGAGACUUUUUAGAGCGAUUCCAAAAGUAACUAUCACAGAAGAUUUCUAACAAAAAUGAAGUAUAUGAUACUCUCAAUAUGUGUCGGUCCUAUGUUAUAUAACUCCGGCUUAGUUGUGUGUGCUUGGAACCUCAUCCAAUCCAAAUAGAGCAUCGUCGUUUACAAUUUUCUAGUACCAAACGCCUACACAAAGGCCGGCUUGGAACUUCGAUGGCAACGCUAGCUUUGUUCUGCACUUGCUCUUCUCUCUGCUCAAAACUUUUCAGCUAUAAAUUGGAGGAGUUUCAUGUGUGACCUUGCUAACACCACCCAUAACCACACACAUACACAGAAACUGAAUUAUGGCCAAGGCUACCAUCCCAAUUGCCAUUUUCCUAUUGGCUUUCUUUCUUCUCAUUUUCUCUAUUUCUGUAAAAGGUGAGGUUGUUGCGGCAGAACCAAGCUUGGAGUUGCAAUGCAACAAAGCUUAUGGAGUAAAGAGUGGAGACACAUGCUUUGCUCUUGCUCACACAUUCAAGCUCUCCACCGACCACUUCAAUUUUAUCAAUCCAAAUCUCAAUUGCUCUGCUCUCUUCGUUGGCCAGUGGCUCUGUGUCAAUGCCUUCCUUACCUGAACUUAAUACUAUUCCUAUUCCUAUUCCUAUUCCUCCUUUGUCUCGAAUAAUAUUUUAAAUACUUAAAAAGUCACAAGGCAUAUUCUCUCAAUAAUACAACCCUAGAUCUUUCUUUAUACUUAUUGUAUUUUCACUCAAAAGUUUGUUUGUAUGUUUGGGUUAAUUAAUUAUAUGUAAUCUGAAUAAAUUUAAGUCUUAAUUUUGCAUUAUUGGAAUAUUAUUUGAUAUG